AUGCCGCGCCACUCCUCUUCGCGGGAAGAUCAGACAGCUUCAAUGCAGAACGAAGUCCAGCAAGCAUCUGAUGAGGACCUUCAGUCCGAGACUUCUGACUUUGCGGCAACGCUGGGAUGCAAGCCGGAGCUCUUCCAGCAGGAGAUUCGACACAUCCCAUCAGCAACGGCAAUUGCGGUACCGGAGCGUAUCGCGGAAGAUCCAGGAUGUACGUGCGAUGGUCUUUUCGUGGAGUUCCUUGCCGUUAGGCGACGACCAAACUGCCCGCUCGGCAGGCCCGAGACAUUUUUCACCACAUCUACCACAUUGGCCGACUUCAUGGCGACAGCUUCGAGUUGUCAAGUAUGCAACUUCAUUAAGGGGCAGAUCCCUGAUGAACCUCAUCCGGGGUUCCCAUGGCGCGAGUAUGAGAGAGAACUGAUCUCAUUUUCCUACUCUGGUGGCGACUACAUUGAAGUGACCAUCGACCUCAAUGUCGGGAGCAGACCUAUUCGAGAGUUUGCAGUUGUACCAGUCUUGGAUUCCGACUUGGGUGACGCGGCUCAACAUGAUCUGAUUCGGUUCGUCCAAAAGAGCCCUAAGAACGAGGCAGCAAUUCAACUCUUGAAGCAAUGGCUCCGCCGCUGCGAAGAGCACCCCGCUUGUAGCGUCGAAGAGUCGCAGCGACACCUACCAUAUAGGGUGCUUGAUGUCGGCACCGAUCUCGCCCCUACUGUCAAACUGCACACCUCUGAUCAUGACGCGAGUCCAUACGUGGCGCUCAGCUAUUGUUGGGGUGGCUACAAAGGGAUUAUGCUCACGAGGUCUUGCAUCGAAGCUUUCCGUCAAGGCAUUAAUGAGAAUAAACUCCCCCAGACGUACAAAGAUGCCAUCUGGCUCGCACGAAAGUUGAAUGUUCGCUACUUGUGGAUAGAUGCGUUGUGCAUUGUUCAAGACGAUGGCGAGGAGUGGGCGGUGGAGUGCAGCAAGAUGAAAGAUGUCUACAGAAAUGCUCUGCUUACCAUCGCCGCUUCAAAUGCUGUCUCUGCAACUUGUGGUUUCCUUGGAGACCGUGAAGAUCAUGAGACAGCUCGGCCGCGGUGCGGUUCUAUCACUCACUGGGAUAAGACUGUAUCCUUCUAUCUAGAACCUCCCGGUUCACGGGUCGAGAUUGGCAACCUGCAUCACGUGAGGUAUGGAAAAUUGAGAGCACAGCCUCUAGCAUCAAGGGGUUGGGCUGUGCAAGAGCGCCUACUAUCUCGCCGGGUGGUGCACUUCACCCUCACUGGGAUGAUUUGGCAAUGCGUUGAGGCCACUCGCACGGAAGACGGGCUGAGGGGCAGACCACAGAAAUGUGUCGCAUCUAUAGGUCGAUCAGAUGCCUGGAGGGCGUGGCUCAAGAUCGUGCAGGACUACUCUGCCUGCCGCCUCAGCAAACCCUCGGACCGCUUACCUGCGAUUGCUGGAGUCAGUAAUGCGUUAAGCGCGACAACACGCGACGCAAUCAUCUUUGGACACUGGGAGAAGAACAUGGUCCUGACCCUCCUCUGGGAACGGUCCCAUGAAGCCCAACAAGCCCUGCUAGGUAAUGGACGGAACCCAUCGUAUCUGGCCCCGUCAUGGUCAUGGGCUUCGAUGGUCUCGCCUGUCUAUUUCCGACCAGACCUACCUGAAUUUUACGACUGGUCCAGAGCGAAGCUACUGGCAGACGUCCGCAAACUCCCGAUUCAACAGGUCUCGCCAUAUCUCGAAAACCUUGGCGAGGAAGGAGCAUUGUGGAUUAACGGCCCGGUUCUCUCCGGACGCCUUGGUGGACUCGAAAGCGCUCAUUUCUGGCACCUUGACAUACAAGUCGAAUUCGACCAAUUCCCGCACCAUACGCUCCACAUAUGGCUCAGCCUGGAUGAUCUACCUCCGGAGGCUGGAUUCAUCGAAGACUGUACGUUUGCACCUCUAGUACUUUCAGGUCUACUCUCUGGCAGCACAGAAUGUGUAGGCCUCCUGCUAAAGCGAAUCGACGAACGCACCACCCACUAUCGACGGAUCGGGAUUUUUUACUCUCGCGAUCCAAUAUUUCACGAGAACGAGCUGCUCUCCCCUAAGCGUGAUGUCUGCUUAGUCUAG